CAAAGUCGCCGUUACUCAGUUGUGAGUGGGUCAGUGGGUUAGUAACUUUGUCAUACGUGCUGUCCAGCUUUUACUUUUUAAAAAGUAACACAAAUAAAUAAAUAAAAAAGUCGGAAUUUACUUUACUGUGUGAAGAAAAGAAGUGGAGCUUUGACGUCCACCUUGAAAGUCUCAUCUGCUGCGCUCCGUUUGCCCGCACCUGGAGUCAUGACACGGAGGUCCUACGCGCUCUACGCGGUGGGAAGCAUCUGCGGAACCCUGCUGGUCGUUGGGAUUGGCCUCCUCGUGGGCAGAGUCUUUCACAAGUUAAUGGAAAACCGACUGAAGAAGGAGAUUGUGUUAGUGGAGGGCAGCCGUGUGUUUGAGUCAUGGAAAAAUCCUCCUCCCCCUGUUUUUAUGGAGUUCUUCUUCUUUAAUUUGACCAAUGCUGAAGAUUGCCUCACUGGUGCCAAACCAGAAGUCACACAGAUCGGACCCUACACAUACAGGGAAUACAGAUAUAAAGACAAUGUGACCAUGGUGGAAAAUGGCACAAUGGUGUCUGCAUACACCAUAAAGAAAUUUGUGUUCCUGAGAGAGAAAUCAGUGGGUGACCCAACAGUGGAUAGCAUCACCACUGUUAACAUUCCUUCUUGGGCUGUAAUGGAAAAGAUGAAGGGCAGCUGGUAUAGGACUAUAGUUUCCAUGUUUAUGAAAAAUCUUGGAGGUGGUGUCUUUACCUCUCGCACAGUUCAUGAAUUGCUUUGGGGCUAUGAAGAUGCUGUGCUAGAAAAGGCUGCAUCCUACAGUCCUGGUUUGGAUAAGGAGUUCGGCCUCAUGUACAAGAAAAAUGGCAGUGAUAGUGGGGAAUUUAUUUACCACACCGGAGAGCAGAACUACUUGGAUUAUGGCCGGGUUAAAACAUGGAAAGGUGAAAGCAAACUGACUUUCUGGACAAGUGAUGAAAGUAACCGUAUUGAAGGAUCAGAUGGAAGUAGCUUCCACCCUUUUCUUACAAAGGAUGAACGCCUUUAUAUCUUCACCCCAGACCUCUGCAGGACGAUCUACAUGGACUUUGAGAAGGAGGUUGAAGUAAAAGGAAUCCCGGCGUACCGCUUCACCCCACCGCGCUCCGUCUUUGCCAGCAAGGAGGAGAACGCAGACAAUAAAGGUUUCUGCGUCUCUGAGAAGGAGUGCCUGGGAACUGGGGUCCUCAAAGUCAGCCCGUGUCGUAAAGGUGCCCCCGUGGUCGCCUCUUUUCCUCACUUCUAUCUGGCUGAGGACAAAUAUAUCAACGGCAUUAAAGGAAUGUCUCCUAACAGGGAGCAUCACCAGACCUUUUUAGACCUCAACCCGACCACGGGAGUGAUUGUGCGUGCGAGCAAAAGAGCGCAGGUUAACAUCUUGAUGAACAGAAUCAGUGGAUUCCCGGAAACAAGAAACCUGAAUGAGACGGUCUUUCCUGUUAUGUUCAUCAAUGAGAGUGUGGUGAUCGAUGAUGCAUCUGCAGCCAAACUUAAGAAGCUGCUGGUCAUUUCUGAAGUGGUGUCCAACUUUGCCCUUUUUAUCGUGGGACUAGGAGGCAUCAUGCUCGUCAUCCUGAUUGUCCUUCUGGUUCGGGCCCAUCAAAAGAAGAAUGACGUUAACCGCAUUGUGUUUACCAAGGCUCACCAUGCUCAGCCGUCCAGUCAAGAUGACACGUCCUACUGUCCUGUCGGUGACAAAGAAAAAGAAGAUCCCCAAAAUGGAACCUACAUCGGUUUGACAGAAAAAGUGGACGCCUGAAGUUGAGGAAGAGGAGCGACUCGGGGUGGCUGGUGGGGACAUGAAUGUUUUCUUUUUUUUUUUUUUUAUUUCACCGAUGUUGUACUACCUGCUGUUAGUGAAAGAUGUGAAAAAUACUGGUAAGUGCAGUGGUAUGUUCCAGUUGUGCCGUUCUGUUAGGCUCGAUCUAACAUGCUUGAAGUGACCAGAAAGUAUUUAUGCGUUUGCAUCGAACUGAACUCAGCAUCUGAUAGAAAGAGGUAAGGAUCCUCAUAAAGGUGAGGACAUUAUUUUUGCGGACUGCAAUUUUAAGAGAAUCUUACUCUAAUUUUGAUUAUUUUCUAUCAUUUUAAGAAAUAAAGCAGCAAAAAAAGUGAUAGGAAGGACUAUAAAUGGCAACUUUUGAUUUAUUUUUAGAUUCUGCUAAAGUUCUUCCUGACGUUUUUCUGUCAAAUGCUGCCCCCUGGUGGCUGCUUCUGGCUGUUUGUCCUUUCAUUUCAAUAUAAAGAAACUUGACGAGUUGGAGUCCAAAAGACGAGUGCACUGUGGCAUACAUGCAUAGCCUUCAGUCAGUUUAUUUAAGCUAAUUGCAUUUAAAUUGCAUCAACAUUAUCUUUCACAUUCAGUGUUUUUAAGUCAUAUAAGUGACAUUGACUUUCAGAUAUUGUAUUAUUCUAAUUGGAAAUGUUUGAUUCCACAUUGAAUACAAACAUCUUGUAAUCGGGGCACCAAAUGUCCCGCCGCCCACUUUUAGCUUCUUCAAUCGUCACUCAAGAAUUUUCUGCUCCUGUUAGAGUUCCUUUGAUUUUUAAAUAUUUGCAGAGUGAAUUCAUAGUGCCUUGAGCUCCAGAUGUUUAAUACAUGCCUUUAGAGCAGAACCGAUGGAGCAGAACACAUCUGAGCAUGGUGAAGUCUUGACUUAGAUUGAAAUAUUU